AUGAAGUUUUGUUCGUCUAUUUACAACGUUGGGUAUCCAGUUUAUGGGGCAAAGUUUCUCAACAAUUCUAUGCUACUAGUAGCCGGCGGUGGUGGUGAGGGGAACAACGGUAUUCCCAAUAAAUUAACUGUAUUAAGGGUAGAUUUCGACAAGAAAAAGGUUGUGAAAAGAUUCAGAGAGAUUACUCUUGAUGCCAAUGACGACUCACCUACUACCUUAGAUGUCGCAAGCGAUAUCAUACUACUGGGUUGCAAUGAGAACACAGAAAAGAUCAAGAGUGGGCGCGGUAAUCAGCAUUUGAGAAAAUUUAUUUACGAAAAUGAGCAUCUAAGGUUUGUCGCAAGUGUUGACCUUGAUGGUUCCAAGAUCCCAGAGGAUUACACGAAACUGGUAUAUCUUUCAAAAGAUGGGACAGUUGGCGCAGUUGCAUCAUCUAGAGUGCCUGCUGUCAUCAGGAUUAUUGAUCCGAGAGAUUUGACUGAAAAAUAUGAAAUUGAAACCGGUCAUGAUGUCAAGGAUAUGCAUUUUGCACCUGAUGGGAAGGUCAUUGGUUACAUAACAGCAACGACAUUGGAAGUUAUUUCAAUCGUGACUGGAAGAUUCAUAAUAAGAAAAACGGAUUUCGAGAAAAACCUGGUCUUAUCAAAACUGAGAUUUUUAACUGACAAUACGAUUAUUAUUGCAGCUUCACUCAAGAAGGGUAGUGGAAUCGUAAUGGUGAAAAUUAGUCUGAAAAGCGGCAGCGCAACGGUAAUAAAAUCUAAAUUGCUGACGAAUAAAUUCAAAGGUGUCACAUCAAUGGAUGUAGAUGCUAAGAAUGAACUAGCUGUUCUUGCAGGUAAUGAGAACUCAAUUGCCAUGGUAAAGUUAAAGGAUUUAUCGCUGGGUAAACUAUUCAAGCAGGUUCACAGCUUCGCAAUUACAAGGGUUACUUUUUCUCCCGAUUCUCAGCUUGUUGCCAGUGUUUCUGCUGCCAAUACUGUUCAUAUUAUAAAAAUUCCUUCAAACUUCGCACUAUCAACGUCCAUAUGGAAAAAACUGUGGAAGUUCUUCAUCAAUUUCGUUUUGAUUGUCCUAGUUGGUAUUUUUGGCCACUACUUUUACAAGUAUGAUAUGCAUACCAAGUCCAUCCGCUUUUUGAAGGAACAGUAUAUUGCAAGGAGGAAUAGAAAUUCCACUGUAAACGAUAUUUUCAGACAAACUACCUUGGUGGGUGAUGUUUUGAGCACACCUGUCAUGGAGAGUUUUGAAAUUGUGAGUGCAGGAAGCAUUUCAACUGGGAUAUCUGGUUCUUCAUACACCGUUGAUGGUGAAGGAAUGGCUUAUGGGGCAUCUGCCACUGAGAGCACGAUCACAAACAACAAACUGCCUUCUUUGACAAGCUUCAGCACUUUUUCAACACCCUUUGCCUCUGAGAGCGCCGACUCAACUGGCUGCAGUUUUUAUCAUUCUGAUUUAACUGUCUCCGAGAGGCCAACAACCACCCAAAACAAUAAAGUACAAAGCAGUUCGAGCUAUAGUAAUCUAGAGAGUGAAAUGAGGACUUUUUCAAUUUCAAAUGCCAUUGAUUUCACAGCCUCUAAUCCUCUGCCCAAUACGGACUCAACAAGCAUAUUCCAGUCGAUUGCUGAGAAGUCCGUGAUCGUAGCUUCUCAGGGGUCUACUAAACAAAGUGAAAUAAAAAGCAGACCGGUAACAGCGGCCAUGGAUGAAAUUAAAAGCGCAACUCGCCUUUUAGUGAAUGAAAAGACAGAAGAGAUUCAGAACUCUACACCACAUUCUUUCUUUUUUACUGAUUCCGUGGAAUCAGCUUCUGAAGAGCUCAUCCUGACAGAUCGCGUUAGUGAGACAGUCGGGGAAUCUUCUUCCACAGUUUUUCAGGCCUCAGGUGUAACUGACAAGAUAAUAAGCAGGACAACGGCCAGCGAAGAUCAGAAAGAAUUAUCUAACACUCGUAUAAGAGGGUCUGAUCCAGAACUUAGCCACACAGAAGAUGCAGGUAGUUCAAUCGAACAUGGUUCUCCUCUUUCCAUAUCAUCUUCUGUUACUCAAGAUUCUUCUCUUUCCCUGAAUGCAGUAAGUUCCAUAGUUGAGGAGCCUGCGUCUUCAAUAUACGCAGCCAAUAAGCCAGUCGAGGAGUCCAUGCCUGUUCCAACAGCAUCUUUAUCACAUGAGAAGGAAAAUAGUCUGGAAUCGUUCUCCGCCGAGAGCUCUGAAUACAUUUCAAUUGAGACUCUUUUCUCUCAGGGAGCUUCAGAGACAAAAGAAAAAACGAAUACAAUGCCUUCGAAAUCAGAUCUAGAACGUGCAACACCAUCGGAAAUCAAAACAACUAGUGCUUCUAUUGAAGAGUUUGUUCUGGAAAAAGGAGCUCUCACUUCUAAAGAGGUUCAGAAAUCCUCUAGUAAGCCAAUAUCUAUCAAACAUUCUGUUAUUUCCGCAGAGCAGUCAGGCACUACUACCGCAACAGAAAUUCCAACCAGUAUAACGGCAAUUCCAACUAUCCCCGACCUCAUUCAAUCAGAAAUGAGUACAGACCAGUCUCUCAAAAUUGAACCUGACACAUAUGUCAUAGACUUACUUUCUGAUCCAUUGCUCGAUUCAGAAACUGCAUCAAAGGAAAGCAGUCAUAUAUCGUUUCAGUCAACUCUAACCGAAGGCAUUUUAUCGAAUCCUACUGAGCUUUCCCAAGAAACAAUACCUGAUAAUAUGUCUCCUUCAGAAACUACCAUUCGUAGUACAUACCAAUCCGAAGAAGGACAUUCAAACAAACCAUCGCUCCUAAACACACUUGAACCACCUUCAGAUAUAUCUGAAGAGCACUUGAAUAUCGCAGCUUCAAAUACCGAACCUACUGUGGCUACUUUGGCUGGUGCCACAAGCAGCGCUUCCCUUGACCCAUCUGAGCCAAAGCAACAUUACGAUCAAGAUCUAUUUUCAAGCGAGGUCAACUUGGUAGCUCUGAGCAGCUCUUUCAUAACAAGUAGUUCAAAUGAUAAAUCAUUUGUUACACCUGGGUCAGCAAGCAUGGUGAAUUAUGACAUGACUUCAAGUACUGAAUCUGAAGAGGCAUUAAUGCCAAAAAUUGCUGGAAAGACGUCCCAAGAAAUGAUUCGCGACGAGUUGUGA